UUGUUUCAGAGUUUACCUGAAUCAGUCAUCCGUGUAGUGCGUCAAGCAGAAGCGCCUCGGGCACGUCGGAUACAUGAGCAAGCACAUGGAAGUUCAGAACCCACAACAACAAGAAUUUUACGACGUGUAACACUGCCGCCGAACCUAGUCCAGCCUCGCUUAAAUGCUCGUGCCGUUACUACAGCAAAAUUGCUGGAUCCAUGCGCAGAUUGCUACCCAAGCAAUGAGUCCAGCCCGUUCGAUGCAAUUAGUAGCUUGGGCAAAUCUAUUGAUAUGAAAAAAUUGACGGAUCUGAUGCUCAGCUUACGGCUGUUGAAAAUAUCCGCAACUCCGAACGAUUUUACGAUUGGUCUGAGCGGCGAAUUCAGCCCCAAAGGCCGUGGUGGCACGCCAUUUCAUCCGUUCCCCAUGCAAUUCCCGAGAACUCGCAGCACCGGAAAUCGUAUGGCUGAAGUACUAAUCAGCGAUUAUACGAUUAACACCCUGUUUUACUAUAUGCAUAAGUAA